AUGGCUGCUUCCACCAGCCCAGCUCAAGUCCAGGGCGACUUUGAGAAGCAGAUACAACCUGAGAACCAUGCCAUCAAUGAUUUCCCCGACAAGGAAAAGGAGCAUGAUUCAGAUGAUGGCUCCGAGAUCAAGCAGGACGGCGUCAAGCGUGUCGAGGCCAUCACCAAAGUCUGGUCUCCUGGUAUGAUGUGGGCUGUUUUUAUAUUCCUCUACUUGGUCAACUUCGUCGAUACUCUCCUUCAGGCUGUUCACUCCAGUUUGGUGCCAUAUGUCACUUCUUCGUUCAGCCAGCACGGCCUGCUUGCCAUAACCAGUGUCUUUGGAUCCAUCAUCGCGGGUGUCAGCAAGCUCGCCAUCGCCAAGAUCAUCGAUAUUCGCGGCCGAAACGAAGGGUUCCUGCUGAUGAUUCUGAUAAUCAUUAUCGGGAUGAUUAUGAAAGCCUGCUGCAAGAAUGUUGAGACUUAUGCUGCUGGUCAUACCUUCUACUGGGUUGGCCACGUUGGUCUAAGCUACAUUAUCGAUGUCGUUCUUUCAGACAUGACUUCUCUUCGCAACCGCAUGAUCAUGUUCGGCCUUUAUAUGAGCCCCCGACUUGCUUCUACUUUCGGUGGCCCUAAGAUUGCUGAGUUGUUCUUCAAGCACUCGACCUAUCGCUGGGCUUUCGGAUCUUUUUGUAUCAUUCUUGUCUUCUUCUCUAUCCCCGUGUCUGCCAUUUUUAUGUAUCACGAAAUCAAGGCCAAGAAGCUUGGGUACUUGCCAGAGAAGAGUCAGCGCAGUCUCUGGGACUCAACGAAGCACUACUUUGUCGAAUUUGACAUUGUUGGCAUGAUCCUCACCAUUGCUGGUUUCUCUCUUAUCCUGACCCCUCUCAACAUUGCCACUCGUGCUCCCAACGGUUGGAAGACUGACUAUAUCAUCGCAAUGCUUGUUGUUGGCGUUGUUUGCCUUGCCGGAUUUGCUGCCUGGGAGAAGUGGUAUGCUAAGGUGCCCUAUGUACCUUUCAAGUUCCUCAAGGACCGAACCAUCCUAGGUGCUUGCCUUCUAAGCGCUUUUCUCAACAUGUCCAUCUUUGCCUGGGACACUUAUUACAACUCGUACCUACAGGUCGUCCAUGGUCUCAGCAUCGCCACCGCUGGAUACACUCUGAACGCAUUUUCUGUGACGUCUACUAUCCUGGCGCCCUUCAUCGGACUUUUCCUCCGUUGGUAUGGAAGAUACUACUGGCCUGCAGUUUUCGGCAUCCCCUGGUGUGUCCUUGGUACUGCACUUCUCAUCCACUUCCGACAGCCUGGAAACGACAUCGGUUACCUCGUCAUGUGCCAGGUCUUCCAUGGUGUGUGCGGUGGUAUUUGGGCCAUGACCGGGCCUCUCGCCAUCAUGACUCAGGUUACCCACCAAGAGAUUGCCGUUGUGCUCGCACUCUACUCUAUGUUCGGCUCCAUCGGCCAGGCCAUCGGUUUCGGCAUCUCUGGUGCCCUGUGGACCAACGAUCUACCCAGAGAGAUGUACAAGGCUCUCCCCCAGGAUGCCAAGAACCAAACCGCUGCCCUCUACGGCGACAUGAAGCUGCAGAUGGCCGACCCAAUAGGCACUCCUAUCCGAGAUGCCGUUGUUCACGCCUACGGAGUUGUACAGCGCGAGAUGGUUAUUGCCGGAUGCGCUUUCUUGCCUCUGAUCUGUAUCUGUGUUAUUGUCUGGCGUAACAAGCCGAUUGACAGACAGCAGACUAAGGGUAAUGUCUUUUAG